UGUUUCACUCGACGGUCGACAGUAGUUGCACAGCAUCCACAAGUAAAAGUGUUUCAGCCACUCCGCACGAUGCCGCGUCCGAAUUUCGGAAUGGUUAUCUUGCUUUUUAUAUUUAUUUCAGCUAAAGUUUCUUCCCCUGAUCCACUCGAGAGACUGAAGCGGCAGUUGCUUUAUAAAAGUGGCACUGAAGUGGAGGUAACACUCUUGUUAAACCUGGUGAUGACGCUGCCACUGAAUGACCCGACCUACAGCAUCUCGAUGGGCUUUUUCCUCGAGGGCAACUACGACCUGCCACCCUACAACUCGCAGGCCAUCUACUCCAAGCCCUGGGACUCGCUGUUCGAGGCGGCCGCCAACAACAAGCGACGGGCGGCCAGCAGCAGGCGAUCCUCGCGAGCCACAGUAUACCGGGCCGUCGAGGGCCUUUUUGAGAGGGUCGGCCGCCUGCCCGGCCGCGCCUGCCUCCUCCGCAGCAUCUGCGAGGCGGCCGCCUGGCCCGUGGACCACGACGGCCUCGUUGGACAACUUGCCCACGCCAUUCUCACUCCUUCAAGCACAGUUGAGAACGGCCUAUUACAUGCGGACUAUUUAGCGGCUGAGCAAUUGGGUCGGACAGGAAACGAGUGCAGCCAGUACUUUGCAAGCUGUCCAAAAACUCCACUGGAUAUGGUCUCAACCCUCAUGUCUUUGUCGCUUACAGAUAUUGUUGACUUCUUUUGAAAUAAAUUGUUUAAUUUUUAAC